UGAAAAGUCGAGUGCAGUUGUGUGAGCUGAAGGAGGAAACCUGUAAGAAGUAUCAUGGCUAUAAGGUUCUGUGGGGUCGUCGCCCUGCUGGCAGUGUUUCUCAGUGGACUCGAUGCCUCAAGACCGACUGUAAACCAGGAACUGUCCACUGUUUUCAAUGAUCUGUGGAGGUUGGAUGUGAACCGCAUGAAGCCUGGGAUAGAUUACACCCUCUCUGUUCAGGGUAGAGCUGGUUUCGUGACCCAGGGCAGUCAUGUUGCUCAAGAUUACGCCUCAAUGCCUCUCUUCUCCAACGUUAAUGAGAACAAACUGAGGACUAUCCCCACCAUCUCUCGUUUUGUGAAACUCCUGGACAACUAUGAGAGGUCCACAGGCGUGACGGAACAAGUCACAACAGAGGAACUGUUGGAGAUUAAUCUCUUUCUGGAUGCCGUCUUACAGACAAACGUCAUGAAGCGAGCUCAUCAGUAUCUGGUGAGCAAAGGACAGUCAAGCUCUAACUUACGACAGUUUAAGAGUCAGCUGCAGUUGAUCUGGUUCAAACUCUACCACAGGCAGAGAAACACCGGGCUGGACUCUAGUGGAUUUGAGCAUGUCUUUGUUGGAGAGACGAAAUCUGGAACAGAAAUCGUUGGUUUUCACAACUGGAUCCAGUUCUACCUGCAAGAAAAAAACCACCAUUUGGACUACAAAGGAUACAAGGCCAGAAACCAAGACUUACCGGAUCAAGACGACCAUGUUCUGAACCUGCAGUUCAGUUGGCACAAUGUGGUUAAGCCCGUUGGCAGCGCCUUCAUCGGGACAACCCCGGAGUUUGAAAUGGCUGUCUUCACCAUCGUCUUCCUAAUGAACACUGAGAGAAGCACCACAGUGCUGGUUAACAUCGACCAGUGUCAGAUGGAGCUGGUGGUCAUCCGACACGGACAGUCCCUCGGGACGGCGUACCCCAGACUGCUGAGCAGCAAUGGCAGACAUGUUAGACAGCAUUCAUAUUGAUGUGGAUGACCUCAACUUCACUUGUCAUACAGUUACUGUAUAUUUACCCCCCCCCCCCCCCCAAUAUU